CCCCAGACCAACCCGAGAUCGAGCCGCUGGAUCCCAGCACCAAAACCCUCAGGUGGAAGCUGCUGUCGCCCUGCAAAGGGGCGAUCGUCGGGUACCAGCUGAACAUCACGGCCAGGAGAGAGUACGACAGCGAUUUCCUCGAGGUCGAGGAGCUGCGGGUGAAUCAGUCGGUUACCAAGUACCUGCUGCAGCCCUGGAGACACGGGACCAACUACACGGUGACAAUCCAGGGCCUCACGGCUGCCGGCCUUGGGCAGGCGUCGCGCUGGGACUUUGAAACCAACAUCUCUGAGCCGGCCAUCCCCGCCAACGUCACCGCCCUGAGCGUCUACAGCAUCUCCCUGUCGAGCGGGACGGCUCUGCUCCCCCUGCAGCCCUUCUCUGAGCUCCAUGGACCCAUCAGGGAGUAUCAGAUCAUUGUAUCUACGCUGCAGAACGGCAGCGAAGCAGACGCCUGCCGCUCACCAGGUCUGCAGCCGUUCAACUCCAGCCUGGAGCACGACGUGUACCUGGCUGCCGUGCUCCCCGCGCACAACCUCACAGGCCCGACUGACUUAGUGCUGGGCGACGGGACCCGUCACUACGGGUACUACAAUGCUCCCCUCCGCCCCCACAGGAACUACACGGCCUUCGUCCGCGUCGUCAGCCGCUGGAACCAGGUGGAGAAAUCCAGCUGUGUGCGCUAUGACUUCUCCGUUGGAGAGGCCCAGACGCCCCAGCCCGGGGGCCUGGCGGUAGCCAUGGCAGUGCUGGUGGUGCUGGUGCUGCUGGCCGCAGGGACCCUGCUGCUGUGGUUCGUGGUCGCCAGGAAGAAGCGGAAUGACUCAAAGGACCACAAGAGCAACGGGGCAAUCCCCCUGAAGAGGAACCGAGGAGGUGCAAGCAGGCUGCGCACGCAGAUCCCGGUGGCUGAACUGCUGGAGUCUCUGAAGCGGUUUAAGAAAGCGGAACUGGAGGAGGAGGGGGCCGAGGACGACGCAAAUCCCGAACGGCCCCCAGUGGGGCGCAAUGCGGAGUACCAGAAACUGGUCUCGGGUUUGCUGCACCCAGGCCAUGCUGGCAAGGAGCCCUGCAACCAGGCCAAGAACCGCUACAAGAGCGUCAUCCCAUGUGAGCAGAGCCUCUUCUCGCAUCUUUACAAGCCUCUAUCAGCCGUGCUGGCUGAGCUGUGCUGGCCGCCUUGGUCGCGCUCUGGUCCCAGCGCCCUGAAACUGGUCUCGGGUUUGCUGCACCCAGGCCAUGCUGGCAAGGAGCCCUGCAACCAGGCCAAGAACCGCUACAAGAGCGUCAUCCCAUACGAUCACUGCCGUGUGGUGCUGCAGUCCGCUAGCCCGGGAGCUGAUUACAUCAAUGCCAGCUACGUCGAUAGCUACAGGAGCCCCCGCUUCUUCAUCGCUGCCCAGGGCCCGCUGCCUGGCACCGUGGUGGAUUUCUGGCAGAUGAUCUGGCAGGAGAAGACCUCGGCCAUUGUGAUGUUAACGGGCCUGGUGGAGCAGAACAAGACCAAGUGUGAGCAGUACUGGCCGGAGGGCGAGCAGGUGUACGGGGACUUCACGGUGACACUCAGCAACACCUGGAUAACCACGGGCCUGGUCACACGCACCUUCCGCCUGCAGAGGGCCGGUUCUCCUCUCCCGAGACACAUACAGCAGUUUCACUACCUGCUGUGGCCAGACCACGGGGUCCCCAGCAACGCGGCCCGGCUCCUGCAGCUGGUGGAGAUGGUGAACGAGAGGGUGUUGGAGGCGCCUGCCGGCCCCGUGCUCGUGCACUGCAGUGCAGGGAUCGGCCGCACAGGCACCUUCAUCGCCCUGGACUUCCUCCUGAAGAUGGCGCGGGCCGAGGGCAGCGUGGAUGUCUUCCGCUGCGUGCAGAGGCUGCGGGAGCAGCGGGUCAGCAUGGUGCAGACAAAGGAGCAGUACAUCUUCCUCUACGAGGUGCUGCUGGAGGGGUUGCUGUGUGGGAACACCGGGGUCCUGGCGGAGAGCGCCCCCAGCCACGUCAGCCGCCUACGCCAGCCCGACGCCCAGACGCAGAUCAACGGGUUCUCGCGGGAGUUCAAGGCCUUGCAGAAGUUUUCCGAACUCUCCACGCUAUCCCCAUGCAAGGAGGCCCAGCAGCCCAGCAACAAGCCCAAGAACCGCAAGCCGGCGAUCCUGCCAGCGGAUUGCAGCCGCCCCAUCCUGAUGUCCUCCCUGAAAGCGGACGGCUCGCCUGGCUACAUCAACGCGGUCUUUGUCAGCACGUACGUGGAAGAAGACAACAUCAUCGUCACCCAGCUGCCGCUCAGGGAGACGCUGGUGGAUUUCUGGGCCUUGCUCUGGGACUACACCUGCACCGCACUGGUCAUGCUGAACCGCCUCGAGGAGCUGGACCAGACAUACCUGGCGUUCUGGCCUGCGCACGGAGAGGCCUCUUACGGCCGUUUCCACGUCAAGCUGAUCUCGGAGGAGCCGGGAGCCGGCUUCACCAUCCGCACACUUGCUGUAACCAACAGGCAACAGGUAGGCCCUGCCCCAGAGUGGGGUGCCUGGGAUGGUCCUGGGUCUUCCUCUGAGGUCAGCCCUCAGGGCCCUGCCCCCCAGGAGAGCUGUGGGUGGCCCAGCAGGGCUCCCAGCUCAACAGAGACCCAGCUCAGAGCUGAGAUUCAGGGCUAACUACUGAUCCGACCACAGAGAUCAGAGCCGCUAUCGCUGCCCUGAGAGGGUGACCCUCGCCUGGCCAGGGCCCUGGGGGACUCCAGGUGGGACCCUCGGAGCAGGGCUGGGCCCUCGCCCGCCUAGAGGGUGAUUACUCUCCCC